UGCAGUGUGCAAUACGCCUUUCUCCACUGGGACCUUUCACGAGGCCAAAGUCCACAGGGACUUGGACUAUCCCGAGAUGCUGAGAGAGGCGAGGGAAACCAAGACCCAGCUCUGAGAUCGCAGCAGCAGUUCCACUAGAAGAGGGGCUUUAGGAGCCACGUAAGCUGAUGCAGGCCCUGAUGCUGUGAAAGCUACCGGCUGUGCUUUCAGUGCUUACAGCCCGACAGCAGCCUCAAGGAAGAACUCAUCCACACCCAAGAAGGAAUAUACCUCAGGAAAGGCUGCGCGGUUCAGCUGCAAAGGAUAAGGGGGAAGGUUCUCUUUACUGUGAUUCCUUACAAGUAGUAUUUCCUCAUCAUGGAUGAGCUAUCACCUGAAGAAAUUCAGCUGAGGGCGAACCAGGUCACUGAUGAGUCUUUGGAAAGCACAAGGAGGAUUCUUGGCUUGGCCAUUGAGUCCCAGGAUGUUGGCAUCAAAACUAUUACCAUGCUGGAUGAACAAGGAGAACAACUAAAUCGUAUAGAAGAAGGCAUGGACCAGAUAAACAAGGACAUGAGGGAAGCUGAGAAGACACUGACAGAGCUCAACAAAUGUUGUGGGCUCUGUGUCUGUCCUUGCAACAGGACAAAGAACUUUGAGGCCAGCAGAGCAUACAGAGCAACCUGGGGAGAUGGAACAGAGAACUCAGCAGACCAUGUGAUAUCCAUGCAACCAAGAAGCAUAAAUCAGCGGCAGCCUCAGACUUCGGGAGGACCAAGUGGUGGAUAUAUUACAAGGAUAACCAAUGAUGCCAGAGAAGAUGAAAUGGAUGAAAAUCUUGCUCAAGUUGGAAACAUUCUUGGAAAUUUGAAAAACAUGGCUUUGGAUAUGGGCAAUGAGAUUGAUGCCCAGAAUAAGCAAAUAGACCGGAUAAAUAUAAAGGCCGAUACAAACAGGGAACGCAUUGAGCAAGCGAACAUCAGAGCCAAGAAACUAAUUGAAAAUUAAAGCCUGCUGUCAUUGUUCAAUGACAGCCUCUCCAGCUGCAAACCACCAUAUUCAUGAAUCUGUGAAACUUCUAUUCUGAAAUAAGAGGGGCUGGGACAAAUGAAGCAGUACCCCUUCUGUAGGGAUUAGUUUUCUUUUAUUGCUUCAUGUAAACAUGGCCUUGACUCCAAGAAAGCAGCCAACUUCCUUCUACUCAUCUGCCUUCACUUUCUUUAAACUGCUCAGGGCUAAAAGUGUUAGGGCUUUGAGAAUGUUUUUUUCUUGCAUAUUUGAUUCCUCUUCCCAGUUUCUUUUUUUUUUUUUUUUUUUUUUUUUUCUUUUUUUUUUUUUUUUUUUCCCUCUUCCCUUCACCAGAAAUUCAGUCCUUUAUUUAAGUUGAACAAGCUGAUAACCUAAAUUCAUAGUUGCGGAAAGUUGGAGAGGGCACUUUGCACUGUUUGAAAUACCUCAUAAGUUGAGUGUCUUCACUAAAAUAGGGACUAGGUGAAUGUUGUCUGAUUUGUAUCUCUAGCAUCUAACCAUAGUUUUACAAUCCAAACCACAUGAUUGCUUUGGAGUUGAAUUUGUGGAUCACAGAAUUGAAGAGAGCCCUCAACCCACUUACAACUUGAGGGUUGAGGGCUUUCAAACACUUCCUAACCACAGGAACUUUAAGGUAAUGGUAGCCAGAGGGAUAUACAGGUUUCCAUUUCUUUACUGUAAAUUGCCAUCAGUUUGGAUGCCAUGACUAAUCAAUCAUGCUGCACUGUUCUGAUAAUAUUUGUUGUGUGUAUAUACAUAUCUGAUCUAAGCCCCAUGCACACAAGUAGAAGAAGAUAAAACUAUCUCCCUAAGGUAUUUAUUUGAUGGAAAAUUUUACACCUCUCAUCUAAAAGCUAACUUUGAAGUUUUGGAAUGAGGCAUCUGAACUGGAAGAAACUGAGUAGAAAAGCAUGCAGUUUGCUUGCAUCCCAUAUCUUAUUCUUUUGGCCAGUUUUCACUGGAAUUCAGUUUAUGCCUUUCUCCAGUGCAAAAUAAUGAUUGAGAUUUGGUUCAGAGUUUGUUCUCAGCAGUGACUUUGGGGGUGCUUCUAAAACCUACCAAAACCAGAGAAGCUUAUUGAGAAACUUCUUUGUCACAAGUCUGGAGGAAGUAGUAGCUAUUUAUAAACUGUAUGCUAGUUGUAAAUAAACUAGUUCUAAAUAGAUUCCUGACUGGUUUAUUAUUGAAGACAUUGGGACUGGCAAUUGGAAAUCUUACAUAUCCAAGUUGCUUGCAAAUAAAAUUUUCUUACUCUGUUGCAGGAUAGAGAAGUUUCUGACCAAGUGAGGUAAACCUGUGAAGAAAAAUAGUUUGGUUUUACUGUAAUAUAAAAAGAUUUUCUUCAAAUCUUAAUAACAAUUAAAUUCUAAGUGACUUAGAUUACUUUUACUCCACCCAGCAAUAUAUUAUGCCAGUUUUAAAGUUGAAAAUGAUGCUUUGGACUAACCUGUGGUACUCAGUGUUGGAUGGCAAACAUCUUCAAACCAAAUUGAUUGGAUGAAGAAUUACAACUUAAUAGCAUUAUGGCGUGCUUUUUUGAAGUCCACAAAUGCCCUGUGGCCACUAAUAUUGAAUCCCAGAGUCAGAGAUGACACUAAUCCACAAAAAUGCAGGACAGUGUUUUUUAUGUGUUCUAUUUUCUUUUUAGUAGAAAUAACAGUCAGUGUUACCAGUAUAUUUUCACUUGAGUCCCAGGACAACUUGAUAUUUAAAGAAAAAAGAAACAAAACCAACAACCACACGCACAAAACCCACAAAAACCCAACCAAACAAAAAAACCCAACCAACCGACCAAAGGAUGGGGCAGCUGCAUGUAAAAAUAGGCCAGUGGCAGUUUGCCUUCUGUGGAUAAGGUAAAGUCAUUUUUAGGGGACUAGAUACUUGAGUAGUGUGGGUUGGCUCCUCUCAAGCUUCCGGUAAUUGUUGGAAUGCUACUGAAUUUCAAAAGCUCACUAGCUACCCAGAUGGUAAAUUAAGAUAGAUAGUAUGCUUAAACAUGCAGGUAGCAAAGAAGAACAUUGCAUAAUAAACUUCAAGCAGCCACCUUCAUAGAGACUUUGUAUGCCCUUUUUUCCUUCUUAAAAACUUCAGAUUAAUUUAAGCAAUAUUUGCUGCUAGCUGUGAAAGCAAAAGUAUAUGUUAUUUAAUUAUGAUUGUCUCCUGGAACAGAAGACUGAAGUGGUUACCUUAUUCUGCUUAUGCAAUGCAAGCCUGCUCUGUAGCAUUUGGGCAUUCCAAACAUCAGAAUGUUUUACUCCCUUGCUGUUGCAAGUUCUUGUUCUUGACUUGUCUAAUCUCUGCCAAUAAAUGAGCAUGUUGGCUGAUAAAAUGCUGGGAUAUCAAAACCAUAAUAUUGCAGUGAAUACCACACAAAAUAAUUUGACACUCUUGAGUAUUAUCUGAGUAUCAAUACUAUUUUGUGAUGCAGCAAAUCUGUGAGGGAGUUGGUGCCUUUAUGUUAGUCAAAAACAGUUUGCUUCUUGGAUGUCUUACUGUUGUCUCUAGAAUAGAUGCUUAAUUUCCAUAUCUAUGGUAUGAAAUCAACACUUGUACAUCUUUGUAUGUGUAAAUGCUAUUAAGAAUGAAGGUUUACAGUUUCUGCUUUUGAUUGUUAAACUAUAUAUUGUGCACAAAAAUACAUACUUUUAUAACUGAA